CCUACUGAUAAUUUACAUGUGUACUAAAAUACUGUCACCCCAUUUGUUCACACUUAUAGAUCACUGAUAGCUACAAUAGGAGGUGAGAAGGGGUCAUUGGGUAGUGGGCAGUGAAAAGGAAAGCCUAAUAAGCUGCCCCUCUGUCAUCUCUCCAUAUAUCUAGCUUCAUUUUCUCAUUGCUGACCAGGAAACACACACACACAUGCAUGUAAAUAACCUGGGAUUCUCUAAAUCCUGUUUGUCUGCCUGUCUUGCUUAAACUUGUUCUUAACAUCAGAUUUAAUCAUUUGUUUGUUUGGGAGACUGAGUUUUGUAUUUUCCUCAUGUUCCAAGAACUUAACAACCAAACACGCCACAAGUACCACAGUAGUACUAUAUUAUUGGUGGUUUCAGAUUGAGUUUUGUUGUUUCUGAUCUGUAAUCUUCUAGCUCCUCAUCAUUUAAUUCAAGUCAAAGGCGGCCGCCAUGUUUCCUACUGAUCAAGAGCUCAGUGUAUCUUCAUCAUCAUGUCCUGUUUCCAGAUUCCAAGAUUUUGCCUCUUCUUUGAACCCCAUGUUCCAUGCCACCAUCCCAAGCCAUGAUGAACAGCAAGCCCAGAAGAUGAUGAAGAAGAAGAGAAACCUUCCCGGGAAUCCGGAUCCAGAAGCAGAAGUGAUAGCCUUAUCCCCACACGCACUUCUAGCCACAAACCGGUUUGUUUGCGAGAUAUGCAACAAAGGGUUCCAGAGAGACCAAAACCUGCAACUCCACAGGAGAGGGCACAACCUGCCAUGGAAGCUGAAGCAGAGGAGCAGCAAGGAGAACCGGAAGCGGGUUUACGUCUGCCCCGAACCGGCCUGCGUCCACCACCACCCUUCCCGGGCUCUCGGCGAUCUCACCGGGAUCAAGAAACACUACUGCCGGAAGCAUGGGGAGAAGAAAUGGAAGUGCCAGAAGUGCUCCAAAUUCUAUGCUGUCCAGUCUGAUUGGAAGGCUCACUCUAAAACCUGCGGUACUAGGGAGUAUAGAUGUGACUGUGGAACCCUAUUCUCCAGGAAGGAUAGCUUUAUAACACACAGAGCAUUCUGUGAUGCUUUAGCUGAAGAAAGUGCCAGAUUUUCUGCAAAGUCAAUACUGCUCAUGCACCGUCCAACCCACAACAAUCAUACUAACAAUCCUCCCCAACAAAUCCAACCCAGCUUCCACCUCAACCCUCUCUUCUCCACUCCGCAGCAGCGACACUUCCCAAACCCACCAUCACCGCCGCCGCCGUCAUCAUCAUCAACAGGCUUCUUGAUGAGCAUAGGCGGCGGUAUCCCAUGGGAUCCACAACCACCCCACCACCUCUCUACUAUGAUCAAAUCAGAGAGACUCAGCAGCGGCUGUGUUCCGGGAGCAGCCUUGCCGUACUUUCAAGAACCGGCAGCCCCUCCGAUGGCGCCGUCCUCGUUCCUCUCGGCCACGGCGCUUCUACAGAAGGCAGCGAGCGUGGGGGCCACCACAGUGGAUCACUUGAACUGCAACAUGACCCAGCUGGGCAGUGUGGGGCCAGAUGUGAACAUGAUGGAGAGGAUGGCCCAAGAAGACUACCUGGGGUUCGACACGUGGCAGAAAGGGAACCCUUUGACCAGAGACUUUCUGGGGUUGACCAGCAACGAUAAUGUCGGGAGAGAGGACCACGAUCACCGUCUGCUAUCGUAUGGAGAAGACGAGCUGUUCGCGAGCAGCAGCAGUAGCAUAAUGUAUAACGCCAAUAACAAUGAGCGUGACAGCCAUGCAUUAGGCUUUGGUUUUGCCCCUGCUGAUACAACCUCCGAAACAUGGGGAAGCUGUUGAAUUGAUCCAUGCACAUUUCCACGUGGGCCCACACAUUGGACAAUUAAUUAUCAAAUCAUCAUAUAUAGUAGUAUAUCAUUUAUAUAUAUAUAUAUAUAUAACUUAAAUUUUAUAUAUGUAUGUAUUUAACAUUCUGAUCUGUGUGCCUACUUAACAUGCACAAGCUAGGAAUUUGUUUAAAUUCCUAGUUCCUAAAUCUACUUCGUAAAUACCAAUUCAAUCUCAAGGCUGUAUUAAUUUAAUUUUUAAUCUUGAUUGAAGGUUUA